AUUUGAAGUACAUUCUUAUAUUCUAGAAUUUAUAUUAUAUAAUUCCACUGCCACAAUCAUCUUCGAUCCAAGCAUCUUCAAUCAGGAUACUUUUUCAGUGAUUUUAAAAAGCACCGCCCAAGCUUCCAACCGCCAAAAUGUCAUCCGACCCAAAAUUCGAUGCUCUCCACAAACAACUCUUCGACGAAGGUCUGAAGAUGCGCCGAAGCGUCGUUGGUGACGAAUAUGUCGACCGAGCACUUGCAAACGGCUCUACUGAGUUCUCUCGCGCAGGCCAAGAACUCGUAACAGAAUUCUGCUGGGGAUAUGCUUGGACACGACCUGGACUCGACAAGAAACAACGCAGUCUGAUCAAUAUUGGCAUGCUCAUGGCUCUCAAUCGAGCACCGGAGCUGGCUGUGCAUAUUCGAGGAGCGAGAAACAAUGGUUUGACGGAGUUGGAGAUUAGAGAGGCGAUCAUACAUGCCACAACCUACUGUGGAGUGCCUGCUGGGGUUGAUGCUAUGAAGACGGCAGAGAAGGUGUUGAAUGAUAUGGCAGAGAAGGGAGAACAUGCAAGAGAGCUUGGUGGUAAGGAUCCUAAAGCUUAAGAAUCGUGUUGGCGGAGUGAAAGAGGAAGUGUGGCGAGAGACUGGCACAGAUUGUUCAAAGGCGACGCCACGAAGGCCAUGUCUGGAAGAUACAAGCAAAUGAACAAGGAAAUAUAGACUCCAAUAUGGCACCACUUUCAUCAUUCGUCUUUGCUCGUCAG